CUCGCCUUUACCCAGGAUUCACUUCUCUGCGCGCGCUGUGUCUCUCUGUCUCCGAGACCGUGCGUAAAAGUAGAGUGGAAAAUGAACUCUGUAGUGAAAUGGGCGCUCAUCCUCUUCGCGCUCGUCUCCAUCGUUCUCAACAUCGUUCUGCUUGGCAUGUCCUCCAGCAGGGCACCCAAAUGUCCCGUUGAGCGCGUCCACCCGCUGCAGGCCAAGCACGACGACCGCAGCCUUGUGUUCGCGGACCUCUCCCGGGAGGAGUACUUGCAGGUCCAGCAGUACAUGAUCCGUCAGAAAGACUUGGACAUAUCCACCAAACAACUCUCCAAUCCAUCUGAAAAUUUCUUGUUCUUAAUAGACCUCUCGAUGCCAAAGAAAGCUGACGCGCUGGCUUACAUAGACGGCAAAGGUCCAAAGCCAGUGAGGGAGGCGACGGUGGUCGUGUUCCACGGGGCCCAGGGCAACAUCAAGGAGUACACUGUGGGGCCUCUUCCUAAUCCGACAAAGCACAGAGAUGUGACCGUAGAGAAGUACAAAGCGGAGCUGCCCAUCAAUGCGCGCACGGUCACUGUCGGCGAAUAUGCUUCGCUUUUCAAGUUUUUGGAAGUCGAAGUUUUCUCCCAGCUGGAGAAGCUCCUGAAAGAGAGUUUCAACUCUGACGGAAAGGGGCUGGCGGCGUUCGAGCAGAUGCCUCGCGGAGUCCGGUCCGGGGACAGACACACUUGGAUCGCCUUCAGCAGGGAUAUGAGCGGCAUAUACAUCCACCCGGUGGGCUUCGAGGUGCUGGUCAACCACGACAGCGUAAACACGUCCGCCUGGAAGGUCGCGAAGCUGUUUUAUAACGGGCAAUACUUCGACACGGUGGCAGGGCUUAGACAGAAAUAUGAGAGUGGCUCCAUCAAAAAGAUUGUCUACAAGGAGUCCCCUGAUUAUGGCUCUCUGAAACCCAGGACCAAGACUCUGCAAGUGCCCCCGCUGCAGUUUUACGCAGAGGGGAAGCGCUUCAGUGUGAACCACAACCAGGUCCUGUACCUGGACUGGAGCUUCGCCUUCGGGUUGAGCUCUCUCACGGGCAUGCGGGUGUUUGAUGUACGGUUCAAGGGUGAGAGGAUAGUCUACGAGCUGAGCGUUCAAGAGGCCAUGUCGGUGUAUGGCUCCGUAACACCGGGGAUGAUAAUCACCAAGUUUUUAGAUACAAGCAUCGGUAUAGGGCGCUUUGCGCACGAACUGGUCCGUGGCGUGGAUUGUCCCAACGCAGCCACCUACGUUGACACAUAUCGCUACAUCGAUGUCCCAAACCCCGUCAGAUUCAGGAAUUCGAUCUGCAUCUUUGAGCACAACAUGGGUCAGCCCCUGCGGAGGCACUUCGCGGACUUUUACCACAACAAUUAUGGAGGGAUGGUGAACAGCGCCUUAAUCAUCAGAACGAUCACAGCUAUAGGAAACUACGACUACAUGUGGGAUUUCAUCUUCUACCAGAACGGAGCAGUGGAGGCCAAGGUGCAUGCCACUGGCUACAUCUCCUCCACUUACCUGGUGGACGGCAGUCGGAGACACGGGCACCAGGUGGCGGACAAGGUCCUGGGAAACAUCCACACCCACUUCAUCAACUUCAAAGUGGACUUGGAUGUGUUGGGAGUGAAGAAUGUAUUCCAGACCAAAGACAUGAAGUUUGUAAAUGUGUCUCUGCCAUGGAUGCCUGAUCGCUAUGCUAUGAUCCCUCAGCUGGUGGAGAAUCAACUCAAAACAGAGACGGAGGCAGCUCUGCUUUACAACACCAAGAUUCCUCGCUACCUCCAUAUCGCCAGUGACAAAUUGAACGGCUGGGGUCACCAGCGUUCCUACAGGCUGCAAGUGUACAGCUUUGCAGGUGACCACCUUCCAGAGAGCGAGCCUGAGGAGAGGGCCAUGUCCUGGGCCAGGUAUAAGGUUGCCAUUACCAAGCAUAAGGACUCAGAGCAGACCAGCAGCAGUCUGUACAGUCAAAACAACAUCUGGAGUCCAGUUGUCGACUUCAGCAAAUACAUUGAAGACAACGAAAGCAUUGAAAAUGAGGACCUGGUUGCCUGGGUGACCGCGGGUUUCCUCCAUAUCCCACAUGCAGAGGACAUCCCCAAUACGGUAACUGUUGGUAAUGGGGGUGGGGUCCUGCUGCGGCCCCACAACUACUUUGAUAAGGAUCCAUCCAUAGACUCUCCUGAUGGAGUGUAUUUUGAACCCGGUAGCGAAGAUAGCUGUGACACCAACAGGAUGGCUUGCCUUGUUCAGGAGCCAUGCAGCCCCGUGCUAGAGCCCUUCACUUACCAUGGCUUUGAUGGAGUCAUGAAGUUUGAAGAUUGAGCCUGAUUUAUUGACCACUGUUAGGUUAUAGCUUCCAAGACUUGGGGAUUUCAGAGAUGGGUUGAUUUAGUAAUCUAUGCAUGAAGUAAAGUAUGUGCCGUGUUUAUAGAGGCAAAUUGGGAUGUUCAGUUAUUUGUACUUCAUGUGUUUUCAAUCUGCACUGUAGGCAAGUAAUUGAGUAAAUUAAUUUGCCAUAAUUUUGGAUAAUAUGCUUUAUCUGGGUGUGAGAAUAUUGAUACCACACUCAUACCUGGAUGUCAGAGCUGGAAUCUGGAUGUGGUUAGCCUAGCAUGGAGACUGGAAGCAGGAAGAAAACAGCAAGCCUGGCUCUGUCCAAAAUGAAUAGGGAUACACAUAAAACUUCAGAAAAAUCUAAUAAAUCAAAACACAAUUUUUGUACUUUAAUAACCAAUCAACACUGCCCUGCACUACCAGCACUACCAGUGUUUUGGAAACUAUGGUUUCCCCCAUUGUUAAUGUUCACUUCUGCUGGAGGCACAACAUUGACAACAAAACAUUCAUUUAAGGUCCAGUGUGUAAGAUGUAGGUGAAGGGGAGCUAUAGAAUAAUCCUUAUGAUGUUUUCACUAGUUUGUUUCAUCUAAAUUGCAUGAAUUGUAGUUUUCUUUACCCUA